AUGAAAUUGGGAUAUUGUCUUUCUCUGGCAACUCUGCUGGCUCCAAGCCAUGGGUUUGCCCCCAAUGAUGCAUCUUCCAGAGGUCUGCUAUCUAGUAUGAAGAGCACUGCCAUGCCAGAUUUGACCUUUACCAAUCCAGAUACGACAGGAAUUGAAGAACAGGCUUGCAUUGAUGCUGCCAACAAGAUGAAGCGGGUUGCCGUUCCAGUUUCUGCCGAGGUUAGCUCUGAGGGCUCUGUUGGUAUUUCGUAUAUUCAUUGGGAAGCAGAGAAACCAAAGGCAGGCUGCCCACCGCUGAUUUUGAUUCAUGGAUUUGACUCUUCUGGAUUGGAAUACCGUCGGUUGGGUCCAAAGUUGGCGGCAAAGGGCAUUGACACAUAUGCUGUAGACAUUUUGGGAUGGGGCUUUACACAACUAGAAGGUGUCGAUUCCUUUUCGGCGGCUGCCAAAGUGGAAGCCUUGGGAAGUUUUGUGGAUUCGGUUGUCGGCAAGGGUUCCUUUUGUGUUGGUGGGGCCUCUUUGGGUGGCGCUUCGGCGAUUGAAUUUGCUGCCUUGAGAAAGAGUGACUGCACUGGGCUGGUUCUGAUUGAUGCCCAAGGCUUUGUUGACGGUAUUGGACCCAUGGCCUCCAUGCCCAAACCUUUGGCCAAGCUUGGUGUUGGUGUUCUUAAAAGUAUUCCUCUUCGUAACUCAGCCAACCAAAUGUCCUAUUUUGACAAGGAAACGUUUGCAACCGAAGAAGCUCAAGUCAUUGGUCGUCUGCAUUGUCUGCGCGAUGGAUGGGAUGACGCUAUGGUUUCAUACAUGCAAAGUGGGGGAUUCUACCCAUCGAAGAAGGUCCCAACUAUUGAAUCGCCAACGCUGGUGUUGUGGGGAAGGCAGGACGGCAUUUUGGACGGUGAAGAAUUUGCAAACAAGUUUGUCGAAGAAAUGCCAAACGCGUCGCUCAAAUGGAUUGAGGAGUGCGGGCAUGUCCCACACUUGGAACAACCAGAUGAGACAGCUGAAGCAAUUUUGUCCUUUUUGACAUCAGAAGUCGGUGCCCGUCAGAGAAAUGUCGAGGAUAAACCGCCUCUCGCCAUUGGUGUUGGUGCUGGAUUCAUUAGCGUACUGGCUAUUUCCCAGCUCGCUGCAGCAAUUAUGCAAUAG